AAUCAGAGAAAUAGUUUUAAGAAUUUAAUCAAAUGAGAAAGUGUUUAGUAUUAAUUUGAGAAACAUUCAACUGUUAAUCAUUUAAAAAUAACGUAUAGUGAAUCAUUUCAUAAUAUAAGUUAAAUACAAAGCUGAAUUUAAAAAAUGUUAAAUACCAAAAAACUUGAUGGUAAAACUGUAUUUAUUACUGGAGGAAGUAGAGGCAUCGGAAAAGCAAUCGCAUUAAAAGCUGCUAAAGAUGGUGCAAAUAUAGUUAUUGCUGCUAAAACGGCGGAGCCUCAUCCUAAACUACCCGGUACCAUUUAUACAACGGCACAAGAAAUUGAAGCAGUAGGUGGGAAAUGUCUUCCAUGUGUAGUCGAUGUUAGAGAUGAAUCACAAGUUCUUUGUGCAGUCGAGAAAGCUGUAACUUUAUUUGGUGGUAUAGACAUAGUCAUUAAUAAUGCGAGCGCAAUUUCAUUGACAACAACAUUGCAUACAGAUAUGAAAAGAUAUGAUUUAAUGAAUAAUGUAAAUGCAAGAGGAACAUAUUUAGUUUCAAAAUCGUGUUUACCGUAUUUGAAAAAAAGCAGCAACGCUCAUAUUCUUAAUCUUAGCCCACCUAUUAAUUUAAAUCCUGUUUGGUUCAAAGAUCACUGUGCCUACACAAUGUCAAAGUAUGGAAUGUCUAUGUGCGUUUUAGGAAUGUCUGAAGAAUUUAAAAAGGAUAAGAUUUGCGUAAAUGCGUUAUGGCCCAGAACUGUGAUACAUACGGCAGCUGUAGAAAUGUUAUCAGGGGUAGAUGAAGCAAAGAAGUUUUCUCGUAAGCCCGAAAUAAUGGCUGAUGCUGCUUAUGCGAUUAUUACAAAAUCUUUUGAUAAUAGUUUAACUGGUCAAUUUUAUAUUGAUGAUGAAGUAUUAAAACAAGAAGGCAUCUUAAAUAUUGAUCAAUAUUUGAGUGAUCCAACAUCUGACGACUUAAUGAUGGAUUUCUUUUUGGGUGAUAUUUCACAUGAAGGUUUUAAUCGUGGCAAAGAAUUGGCUUUGAAGCAAGCUGAAACUGUUAAUAUUAAAAAAUAAUCAUUUUCUUAUUAUUGUGUGAAGACUUCAAAUUCAAAAUACAAUAGCUUUUUAAAACUUUAA